GUCCGCGCGCGACGCAUCGCGGGGCGGUAGACUCGUACUACUUGGUCGCGCUCGCUCGGCGCGACGCCACGUUUGACUCCGCGGGACCGAUGCACGUGCAUGUGCGUGCGCUUCGUGUGCGUCGCCAGUGAAAGUGCGCGCGAUUUUUCCGACGCGCGUGCCUCUCUCCGUCGGCUUCCGAUUUUUGACGGAGCGCCUCCGGAGUUACAAGAACCGCGGAUCUUCCUCUUUCUCUCUCUCUCUCUCUCUCUCUCACUCUUUCUCUCUUCCUCUCCCUUUUUCUCUUUCUCUCUGUCGUUACCUCGCCCGAGCUGAUCGCUCCCGUACGUAUCCCACUUGCGACUCGCAGCGGACCGUGCGCAGCACACACGUGUCGACAUUUUCGCACGCGCUAAUCGCACUCGAAAAGCGCACCGCUGGUGGCAGCGAUCCGAGCCGAUGCGCGUUCACCGAUGGCGUGACAAAAAUAUCCGCGAAAAAUCUCGGCAGCUCGCCAAGCGGCCUCGAGCCGUCGCCGUCGCGCUUCGCCGAGAGGUAGCUUUGAUAAGGUAAUCCUGAAACUACCACCGGUGAGAACCUCGCUUAGCGCUUAGCGAUGCGAUUAGCGGACGCGAGCUGGAAAAUUCGCCGGCGACCUUCGCCGAACCGCCGCGGGACGUCGGCGUCGAGUCGACGUACGCGCGCCAAGAACGCGACGAACGCGCCUUCCCCGCCGCCUUCAACUUCGAGCUCUCUUCCCUUUUUUACGAGGGCGCGAAUCUGCACGCGCGGGCGUUACGGCGUAAAAGCGUCGCGCUCACGCUCGACGUUUAUGGCGCGCUCCGAGAUUCCUCGGGAAUUAUGCCGCGCGCGAAUACAGACUGCGGCGGGAGAUAUACGCAAGGAGCAUGCGGAUCCGGAGCUAUUCUCGAGGAGCGUUCUGCGGAGGCCGAGGCGGCGCCCCGGUUUUUCCAAAGAUUCGCACGCAGCCGGAGGACGAAUAUAAUAUACGUGUACGCGCGCCGCCGAGGAAUCCGCCGAGUAUUCGAGGCACGCGUGUGCGACAGCGAAAACCCGUCCCCGCCCGAUCAAUUCUUCCUCGUCCUUAUGGAAUUUUCUCAAUUGCAUAAGUCGUUCGCCUGCUGAGCCCGCGGCUUUAGCCGAAUAUCCCGCUAACAGAGUCACGUCAUAUUAAAUGAAUCAACGGCAUUAUCGGCAUUGACGCGGGAAGCGUCGCUGCGGCGAAAGGAUUCGGGCAGACGGUGGAAAAAAUGCCACGCACGUACGCGCCUCUGUCGGUGACGUUACUGUAAGGAAAUCCGCGUGCUUUUAUUAAGCAGCUACGUGGCAUGAAUAGUCGAUCGUCGAUGAGCAGCGCAGCAGGACAGACUCGGGCGUAUUAAUUUUCCCGUUUUCAUACUGCGCGAACAAUAACGAGCGAGUUCCCAUCGCUACUCGCGAUAUGUAAAAAUUCCAGUAAUUAUGAAUUCCGUCGCAUGCCAAUUCGCUCGCGGGAAACCAGCGCUCAUGAAUAAAUAAAUUAGCAAGAGAGCUGACCGCGAGAGAGAAAUCGAGAUAACCAGCGCGUGCCUGACGUGACGCUGCUUUCUCUCUGAGCGAAUUUCGCCGUAAGAUUUGCACAAAAACACGUCUAUUAUUUCUCCGUUGCUGCGUCGCGAUCGCGAGUAAAAACCGGCAAAAUAGCAGCGACUAGCGACUAGGAAAACUAGCGAGAAACCGGCUUCGUCCGAAGCGCAAGAAUGUGUCGUGAAAAAAGCUGCCUCUCUCUCUCUCUCUCUCUUCCUAACGAAUAAAAUGUAAAAUUACAUCAAAGCAAAACAUCUUUUUUCCCGCGCUGCGGUUUGUUGCGGUUUGUUCGCCAGUGUUGCGCGAAUUUUCUUAAUUACAAACGACGCCGCGAGGAAUCGCUGAAAGGGUAUUGUACACGCGCAGGCGCGCGCAGUGUAAUUUGGGUGUAAUUUGAAAGAAUACCCGCAUGCGACGUGUUGAGAGCGAAAAGCGAGAUGAAUCAUCGCGCGUAGAAUUCCGCGACGAAAUCCGGAAGCGCACAGUCAACUAGACAAGUCCUGUUUUUUUUUUUUUUUGCCGAGUGAUCCUUUGCACUAUCAUGCAUAUUCAGUUACAUUGAUGUAAAAAAUAGUGAACGCAUGUCCACCAUUACGGUCAGGGAUUUUCCGUUGUGCGAAAAAAUUGUGAUGUAAAAUUCGCAAGACAGCCAACUGGUGACUUUGAUUCCACUUCUCGAUGAAUAUGAACAUUCUCGUGGCAAUCGCGACUUUCUGACGCGCUGUCAAAAGCCCCGUGAUAAAUGCGCGAACGCCGACGGCGAUAGGAUAGAAAAAAAGAGCGUAAUUACCUAUCGCAAUCGACGACCUGCGACGAUCAUUGCGCCAUGCAUGCUCAAUCUCUCGGAAGUAAUUUUUCACGCGGGAAGGGAGGGCUCCCGUCGGUUCCCGAGUGAGGCUAAUUUUGUUGCACGAUAAUCGUAAGGAGCACGCUCUCUUCAGCUCACCCCGCCGCCGAGUAAUUAAUCCCGACGUGCAUGAAAAAUUACAAGGAACUCUCUUCGAAGUUCGCGCCCGUAAACCUCCGUGUCCGCAAGAGUAUGAAGUUCCCUGACGAACGGCCCUCGUAAAGAAGCAACCAUGAAUAAUUGAUUCGCCAUGGUUGGUGGUGGCGGUUGGUGAUGGUGGUGAACGAAGCCUCCGCGGGAAGCUAAUAACCGCGACACUUGGCGGCGCGCUGAGUGUCGCGCGCGAUUUUUGUACCUCCGCUCUGUUGACGCUGCGGCGCGAGCUAAACGACCGUUUUUACUCCCCGUGGAUAAAAAGUGGAUGCGCGCCAGGGAAGAAUGAACUGCGCGAAAUAGUAGCGGCCGGACGUGGAGGAGACGGUGGCGCGCGCUCUCGCAGUUUAAUCCGGUAAAAUUACCAGCGUCGCGCGCGAAACACCGUUGCGCGCGUCUUGUUGUCGCGGCCGUUAAAAGCGCGCCCGCAGCUCUCGCGCGUCCCCACGUCGAAUUGCCGUUUCCGCCUGAUCGCCGGCGCGGCGCCUCUUCGGCCAAGUGUCGCCGAGUAACAGUAACCCGGUUAUUCCGCGCGCGCAGUUUCCACCGCUCGCCGCUACGACACACACGUUGUUCGUAACGCAGCGGAUCUUUGCGCAGGGCGCGAGAGGCGACGCGACGUGUCGAUUGCGCCGUUCGCUCGCUCAGAAUAUCGCGGAUGCACGAUAUAAUGCGCAGCUUUAUCCCGUUGCUCGCACGUGGUAUGACACAACUCGCACUGUUCACAGUUCGCUGCUCGCUACGUCGCGUAAAGCGUCGCGAAUUUCCGGCGGAUUGCAUCCGAAUCUACAUCGCCGGCAUUUAAAACCCUUCGCUCCCGUUUAAAACGCGGGCAAAUAUGCGCGACGUUGUUCCACGAUGUGUCUCACGGGUCGCCGCGUACUUGCGUUAACCCCUUGACAUACAAAGUCGUCCCGGCAGUCAUUUGCUCCGUGUGUCAUUUUAGACGCUGUCGUUCAUACGUGACGUAUUGCUCAUUAAUCUUGCCUAUUAACAUUGCUUUGUGACAUUUAGCAAUGUGAACCUUCCGUUUCUUGUGCAGCUUACGUAAGCUUUAAGUUGAGCUACAUUAAGUGCUAUUUUUAUCACACAUCGAGUUUUAUUUUAUUCCGUACAUUAAGAGGCUAAUGCGACUCCCUCAAGCAGAUAACGAAUAAAUCCGCGCGCGGUGAGGCACUUUUCCGGGAAUGAAAUGUCGCUAAUCAUUUCCUUGAGAGAUGACGCUAUUGUAGCGGGGACAUGACAGCAAUCGGGUAACUUGCGAAAAGAAAGGACUUAUCGGUUUUCAAUUUAACCAUCGACGCGCUUCGGUCCUUCGGGUCGCAAUUGUCGCGAAAGUCCACGGCGAUUGGCAGUGCGGCGUAUCUACACACACACACACACACACACAGACGUAGAUAGACACACAGAAUUGCUCACAUUCGGACGCACAUUCGCGCAAAGCUCUUAGCCCGCGUCGCGUCGCUUCUCAGCCCCUUUCUAACUUCCGUCAAUGACAGUUCUCAGCGGAGUGACUGCCUCCGAUAUGACCGCGCCGAUAUUAUCCGGCGAUUGUGUCAAGCUGUAUUUCACUAGUAAAUUAUUUUUCCCGCCAGUCUAUCUCUCGGCACUUCGUCCGUCCGUCCGUCCGUCCAUCCGUCCGCCCGCCCACCCGAUCGACCGUUCUAUCUACCAUCCCUGGCCUACCGGCGAGCGUACCCCUAAAAUAUUUAUGUGCGCAGAUAUCGAGGUUCGAGCGUCGCUCGAUCGCGACCACCGCGCGCGAGAGCGCCGCGGGCCGAUUAAUAUCGGCCUGCCUGGCCAAAUCGUGUUUCGAUCGGUUGAAAAAAAAAAAAAAAGGAAAAAGAAACAACGAAAAAGAGGCCAUUAUAUUUGGAACGCGCGCGCCGAGGGCGAUUUGCGCGAUCACCGCUGCGAGUCGGUUCACGCUGAGUUCCCUCCCAUUUCAGAGAUCGCGUCGUUGGGUUUAAUCGGGCGCGAGUGUGUGCGCGGCUUGAUCGACGACAACGACAACGACGACGACGACGACGACGACGACGACGACGACGACGACGACGACGACGACGACAAGGAGAGUGGAUCCUCUCGAGUGCCGGAACUCUUUCCCAGAUUCGCUGAGCACUCGGCGGCGACGAAGCAGGAAGCCCCGAGUGCGGUGCGCGGAGUGUGUGCCGGCGGUUGCGCGCGCGACGAAAGUAAACGACCAAGUGAAAAGAGUCCGUGCGUGCGCGGACGAACUGGAUAAUCGGCGCAUACGCCCACGUGGGAAGCCCGGCAGGAACGUUAAAUGAAUGUUGUUGCGGCGGGCGCUGGCGAUCACGACGGGCAAAUCGAGGAGGCACGGCAGGAUCGCUCGAUUUAAAUUCAUAGAUGUGCGAGCGGACGGGCCGACAAUGGUGGCUCGUCUCCCGCAACAAGUUCUGCUGCUACUAGUACUCGUUACUGGAGCGUCCGCGGAGGUCACGGGAAAGACCGAGGAUCCGCGGUGGAACACGUACAGCACCCGGAAGACGAGUCGAUCCUCAUCGCCGCGAUCCUGGCCAUCCUCGAGUUCUCUGGAGCACGCUGCGAGGGAGACCAGGCUCUCCAGCGACAAGCACCCGGAAACUACCCCUUGGGGCGUAGAUAGGUCAAGUCCUGGGGCUCGUUCGGACCUCAGUUUCCUGGAAACGGUGACCGAAGAGAGGUCCGAGGAGGAGGACGAGGACGGGAGGGUGCAGUCGCCGGGGGGAAAUGACAUCGGGGACGCGAAGAUCGCACGGCGUAACCAGUCCAUCUCCUUCAGGAACGGCGAAACGAACCAGACGGAUCAGUUCAAUCGGAUUUCCGUCGAGUCCUCAUCCCCGCAGUCGUCGACGACCGACUAUCGCUCGGCGAGGAUGUCGUCUACCGGAAGCUCCUACGACAUAGUACCGACGCUCGAGACACGACUAUCAACCGAGACGUUCUCGCGCGAGGAUCUGAAAAAUACGACGCCGACGGCGACGUCCAUGAAAGACAUCACCGUACCACGACGGCACAUGAGGCACGCUCCAGACACCUGCGAGAAGUUUGAGAUCGGGGACGAGGCGAAGGGGGAAUUUUACAGUCCGAAUUAUCCGGAUCCGUAUCCAAACCACAUCGAUUGCGUUCGAGUCUUGGAGGCUGAUAAAGGUAUGCUGCUGAAGCUCGACUUUCGGGACAAGUUCAAGCUCGAAGACAGCCCGAACUGCCAUUUCGAUUUCCUAGAGGUACGUGACGGCCAGCACGGUUACUCUAAUCUCCUCGGCAACUUCUGCGGCCCAAAUUUCCCCCCCGAGAUCACGUCGAAGACGCGCUACCUCUGGCUGCGAUUCCACAGCGACGAGAACAUCGAGGGCGACGGCUUCAAGGCAGUGUGGACCAUGAUACCAAGGCCGACCCAUCCGGGCGUACCACCGGAACCAGAACCGUGCAUAGUUAAUGUGACGGGUAUGCAGGCGAUAAUUCAUAGCAACGACGUCAAAGACAGGAAGACCCUGGCCGAGAAAGAGGGAGUCGCGCUGGACUGCAUGUGGGUCAUUCGAGUGGAGGACGGAUGGAAGAUCCAGCUGACGUUCGACUCUUUCAAGCUGCAGCGGCCGAACGAGUGCGACGCCAACUUUGUGGACAUAUUCAAGGAUCGCACGGACAUGUCCGCGAGGGAGAAGAAUUUCUGCGGCAGUAUCGCCGACACCGUUGUACUUUCAAACAACAUCGCCCACAUGAGAUUUUACGCAGAACCGAAGGCUGCCAACAGCAGUUUCGAGGCGGUGAUGACCGCCAUCAGGGACAAAGAGGGCGGCGAGAAAUCCUGCAGGGAAAACGAGUACGACUGCGAGGACGCUACGUGCAUCGCCGCGGAAUUGCUAUGCAACGGAAAGGGGAACUGUCGCUUCCGAUGGGACGAAGACGACACGAUGUGCAAUAAAAAAUCGCGGUUGAUCGAUUCGCACAUCGUCAUAAUCCUUGUGGUUUUCUCCCUAAUUAUGUUUGGCAUGAGCUUUGCCUUCGUGUUCAACUGCGUGCGGAAGCUCGUCCGUGAUCACCGUAUUAUCCAGGAGCACAUCAGACAAUCCCGGGAGAACCGUCUGGACGAGCUAGGACGGAAACCGACGCCAUGUCCGAUCUCGACUUCCCGCACGGACUUGCACGACCGCGGCAGCGAGUCGCCGAGCUUGGAAGUGCUGCCCAGCAAAGAGCUCAUGCCGCCGACCACAAUGAUACCUCAGGAAUACACCAAGGACCUGGUCCUCGAGAUGACGUACAAUGCGAACGACAUCACCGACAUUCACCAGAGCAACAACGUGAGCAACGCUACGCAGGAGCGCCUGCAGGAGUCCAGCGAGGAGCCGGAGAUGCGCGACAACUGCUGCCAAACCAGGGAGAGCCUCUUCGAGCCGCGGAUGCCGGACGCGGUAGCGCCAUUGGGCUUCACGACCUUCGGCGUGCGUGCGCCCAGCUCUCAGAACGGGACCAAUCAUCACCAUUACCACCAUCACCAUCAUCAUCACCAGCAGCAGCAGCAGCAGCAGCAGCAGCAGCAGCAACAAAGCCUGCAACGGUCUCACCAGAGCGCUCAGCUGUCGCAGACGAGCUCCCAGCAGAGCUCGCAGCAGCAGACCUCUCAGUGCUCCGGCUGCAGUCCGGCAUCCCGUGGACGGGACGGCAGCAUGGGCAUCUGCCCGAAGCACAACCCGAUACCAGCGCCGCCAGGCUGGUCAACACACGAGUCCAGCUAUCCACUGCCCAUACCGCAGCCCGGCCAGUACCCGGAACAACUGGAUUACCCGUCGUACCAAAGGUUCCAAAGCCCCAAGCCCAGCAGGGAGCCUAGUGUCUAUCAACAGUCGCCGAAGCUCACGCGACAGACCACCGUGGGCUCCGGCGAGAGGUACGGCAGUUCCAUGUACGGCUCCGGCCAUGGUUCCAGCAACACCACCACGUCCAGCUCGCAGCACUCCGCCGGCACGCCGAAACGUCAGCCGCAGGCCGCGGCGGACCCGCGAUAUCGAGCGGAGGCGGUGAUCGAGGUGGACCAAAGGCGGCCGUUCAGCAUAGAGAGCACGAAGAGCGCCCCGGACGUGAUCGCGACGCACUGACGUCGGAGUCCUGGGGAUUGGGAGCCCUACAAGAGACGCCAUCCCCGUCAAAACGCGGACGAUCGUCAUCAGCUGACGACGGCGGCUCGCGGCAACAAUGGGAACAAAGUGACCGUCGCCACCCAGAGCUCCCUCGAUGACGACGCCUCGACGAGCUCCACCGUGGAAGCGAACUCCUCCUCCUGAUCCACGUGUCGC